AAAAUAAGCUGAUCAGCUGAUCUGACCUGGCAACAAAAUAACGUAGCUAGAGAAAUCUGCCAGGGAGGGGGCUGCUGAAGAACAAAACAAUGACACUGCUCGGAAGGAUUUAGACACAGGAACACUUUUUUUUUAUUUUAAAGACUUUGUAACGCCGUCGAGCGGAUCUUCCUCCCGUCGCAAAGUGAAGAAAGAGUCUGCGGGUACCCGAGCUGCGGACGUCGGCUGGCUGUUGUUUUUGUUGAUAUGUUGUUACAGCUCAGUUGACAGACCGGAGGCUAGCUGCUCGUCAGGACGCGCUACGUACUAGCAGGACCCGCUGGCUCGCUCGCUGCAGUUGUUUCUUCUGGGGGGGAAACAAAGUUGAAACCGUCCGUCGAAGCCGAGCAGCUGUGAAAGUGCGUUUUGCGGCUCAUUGUUGCCAAAUUGUCUACCGACUUUGCCUGCGAGCCGCCGAGGGGUCGUUACUUGCCUGCUAGCCUGUUGUUAGCAUCAACAUUUGCACAUUUCGUCUCAUUCAGGGAGAGUUCAUUGUCUCGGCUGCCACAAGCUACCUGCAUAUGUUACCCUGUGUUGUUUUAGCGUCGUCCUCUGGCAUUCGGGUGUAUUUUAUGUAACGCCGCGGCUAAGUGCUAACUUUAUUACAUGAGCAGGCUAAGUGUUGGUGGCACAAAGAUAUCAGGUGUUCCUACAGGAGACGGCUGUUUCUGCUCCAUCGCCUCACUGUUCAGUUGCACUAGAUGGUAUUACUAAAUUCGUGUUGAAGUGUUUUCACAUCCAUGCUGCCAGAGUUAAUUUGAUAUAUUUUGUUGUAUGCAAGUCUGUGGGAUACUAUGCAGCUGUUUUAAGUUGAUUUGGUUGUUGUUGUUGUUGUUGUUUUGGGGGGUCAUUUCAGCCGUCAGCAUCACUGCAUGUUGUGCGUUUUUGUCAUUAACUGCUACUGUCAGUUGCUGGGUGCUGCUGUCAGAGGUGAUCCAAUAAGCACUGCUCUGUAUUUAUCUUGCACGAAACGAUGAGUGGGCAUGGCUCAUCCUCAGAAAAGGGAGUCAAUACUAGUCUAAUAUGUCAAGAGAGUUAUGCCUGUGGUGGCUCUGAGGAGGCUGCGUUUGAGUGCGAUGAGUGCAAGAGCUUGCAGUGUGUCCGCUGCGAGCUCGAGCUCCACAAUCAGGAGCGUCUGAAGAACCAUGAGAGGGUUCAGAUAGGCCCCGGGCACGUACCUUACUGUGACAACUGUAAAGGAGGUAACGGAGACGGUGGCAAACGCCACAGAUCUGUGGUCCGCUGCCAGAACUGCAAGGUCAACUUGUGCCAAGACUGUCAGAAGCGCACCCACAGCGGGGGCAACAAGAAGAAACACCAGCUCACAUCUUACCCUCCGCCACCCAAACCUUCGGUGGUCAGCCCUGUCCAGACGCCUGACCCCGUCCCUGUCCAAAUCGCCGAUGAGACCAAAUCUCAGAGAGCAAAACUUCUGGAGAAGGUUUCCAGUUUUCUCUUGGUUGACGAGAAUGAGGAAAUGCAGAUAAAAGAUGAUGCUUCGUUCAUAAAGCGCCUGAGCUGCGAGCCCGACCAGCUGCUGAAGGUGGUGUCCAUCUUUGGCAACACAGGAGAGGGCAAGUCUCACACCCUGAACCAUGCCUUCUUCAUGGGCAGAGAGGUGUUCAAGACUUCUCCCACACAGGAGUCCUGCACCGUGGGCGUGUGGGCAGCGUUUGACCCCUACCGCAACGUCGUGGUCAUCGACACAGAGGGGCUGCUCGGGAACAGUUCCAAACAGGGCCAGAGAACCCGCCUCCUGCUCAAGGUGCUCGCCAUCUCCGACCUCAUCAUUUACCGCACCCACGCCGACCGCCUCCACGAUGACCUGUUCAAGUUCCUCGGGGAUGCCUCGGAUGCUUACUUGAAGCAUUUCACCAAGGAGCUGAAGGCCACGACGGCCCGCUGUGGCCUGGAUGUCCCGCUGUCCACGUUGGGCCCUGCGGUGGUCAUCUUCCAUGAAACGGUCCACACUAAACUGCUUGGUUCAGACAAGUCAUCUGAGUCAGUAGAUCGGCUGCUGUUGGAGCGCUUCAAGAAGCUUUCCCGUUUCCCAGAGGCCUUCAGCUCUGUCCAGUACUGGGGCACGCAGACUCUCAACCCACCUACCGACUUCCGUGGCCUGCAAAAUAAACUGGAGCAGCUCCUGGAUAAUAACGCCACCCGUUCCCCACGCACCCCUGUGGUCAUCUUCAAAGCCCUGCAGGCGUUGAGUGAGCGCUUUAAUGGGGAAAUUGCAGGAGAGCUUGUUGCCCACAGCUGCUUCUUUCCUGAUGAGUACUUCACCUGCUCCAGCCUGUGCCUCAGUUGUGGAUCUGGCUGCAAGAACAGCAUGAACCACUUAGGAGAAGGGGCUUGCCAUGAGGCGAAGCAUCGCUGUCGUUAUUCUGUACAGUAUGAUAAUCGCAUUUACACCUGUAAGGCCUGCUAUGAAGGGGGAAAGGAAGUGAUCGUUGUCCCAAAGACCUCAGCUUCCUCUGACUCUCCAUGGUUGGGCCUUGCCAAAUACGCCUGGUCUGGAUACGUCAUCGAAUGUCCCAACUGUGGGGUGAUCUAUCGGAGCCGUCAGUACUGGUAUGGGAACCAGGACCCUGUGGAUACGGUUGUCCGCACUGAGAUCCAGCAUGUAUGGCCGGGGUCUGAUGGUUUUUUAAAGGACAAUAGCAAUGCAGCGCAGCGUCUCCUGGAUGGAGUCAACCUAGUGGCCCAGUCGGUGUCAGAGCUCAGUGUCAAGCCUGCCAAGGCCGUCACCUCUUGGCUGACAGACCAGAUCGCCCCGGCCUACUGGAAACCCAACUCCCUCAUCUUGGUGUGCCAUAAGUGUCACACAGUCUUCCAGGACAAUGACACCAAACAUCACUGCCGUGCCUGCGGGGAGGGCUUCUGCGAUGGCUGCUCGUCCAAAGCUGCUCCUGUCCCUGAGAGAGGCUGGGGUCUUGCCCCUGUCAGAGUCUGUGACGUCUGCUACGAGCAGAGAGCCUCAUACGCAGAAAUGCUUGAGGCCGAGCUCGAGGAGGAAGAAGGUGGAACCCUGGCCAGGAAGGUUGGAGAAGCAGUGACCAACACUAUAGGCGUUGUGGUCACUGCUAUUGACAUCCCACUUGGUCUUGUGAAAGACGCUGCCCGUCCUGCCUACUGGGUGCCCGACCAGGACAUCCUGUCGUGCCACAACUGCCAACGCGAGUUCACUGCCAAGCUGUCCAAGCACCACUGUCGCGCCUGUGGCCAGGGAGUGUGCGACGACUGCUCCCCUGAACGCCGGACGGUUCCAUCGCGGGGCUGGGACCACCCUGUGCGCGUUUGCACCAGCUGCAAUCAGAAACCUGGAGAACUUUAACAGAGACGGCCUUCCUUCCUCGGAGCACCAGAGAGAACCACUGGCUCACUCAGCUCGCAGUCUGUCACUGCUUUACCUCUGUUACUCUAAUGGUUCUGUCUCGUAUCUGUGGAAAGGAAGUUUUUAGGCAUAUACAUAUAUAUAUAAAUAUAGGACAAUUAGUAGAUUUGGGAUUUCAGAGUUCCUGUGGCCUUUGUAGAACAGCCAGAACAUGUGAGUUACUUGACUGAGUGUGAAAUUUCCACUCUGAUUAUUCACAGAGUGAAUAUUUUAAUUCUUCUUGACACAAAUCCCUAAUUUUAUGUUAAAUAAGGCUGCUGAGCUAUUUUUCUACUAUCAGAAAAUAUUAUAAAAAAAGUAUCAUUUAAAGAUAUUAGUUAGCUGAGAACCCCGUGGGGUCGGUGUGAGUAGUUUCCAGCAAUUCUUAUUAAUAAGCAUUGUUUCUCUGAUGUCGUACGUGUAAUGGCGAGGAGAUAUUUUAUAUCCAUGCAGGUAUAACUUGCAGGUUCCAUUGCAUGCUGUACUGCAACAUUUUUAGUUUUUGCACUAAGCCUUUUUCAGCUGUUAUAGGCUGUUGCUUACCAUGGCCAAAAUCCAGAUAUCCCCAUGAUCAAGUAGUCUGUCCCAAAUGAGCUGAAAUCUACUCAAGCAGGUCCAGGCUGUGGAUAUCUGGUGUGCCAAAAAUCAUUCAGGUCACUGUGUCUGUGCUGGUAUAAUGUUUAUAUUUUAUCAUGUACUUUGUGGUUGUAUGAAGACAUAGAACUAUGUUAGAGGAGUGUACAUUUGAAUUGUUGAAAAUUAUUUAUGUAUUGAGGAUACAAAAAAAAAACUUAUUAGCACUCUGGCAUGCAUGACAGUCGGAUAAAUCCAUGGCCUUUUACAUGUUCAGAGGAUGGUCUCUGAACUAACCUCACUGUCUGUUUUACCGAGCGGCAUUUUAGUGUUCACAUGUGUCAUAAAAUGUCUGUACUUCAUGGUCAAAUUUGUUUUCCUGACACCUUGGUAUUAAUUGUUUGUCUUGAUAUUGUUUAGCUGAACUUGAAAACACCCAAAUUGGUCUUCGAGCCAGUUUCAUGGAUCACAUUCACACUUCUGUAGGUACAAUCUGACAGGAUAAUUGUCCUGACCAAGGUCAACACAUUUUUUGUUCCGUUUUUAGCUUGACAAAGCUCGUUUUUCCGUUAUCUUGCAUCCGUUAUUGAAACACAUUGUAUAUGUUCUUUUUUGGGUUUUUGUUUGACAUGACUAACUGUAUUGAUAUUUAUAUACUUUUUAAUGCCUGUAUGUGAACCACCCAUCCUCCCCAUUAUUGUUUUUGUCUUUAUUUUCUUUUGUCUUUUCAGCAUUACACAUAAAGAAUUGAUGCUCAAAUGUGACAGCGAGGAGAUAUUGAACCAUAUUUCGUGACCGAGAGCUUUAACUUGUCUUGCAUCAUUGCUAGUUUUAAGUUGCUGAGUAAUGAGUCCGUCACAUCUGGAUGUCAUAUAAAGCACAAGGUGAUGCCUUUAACACAUAUGCUUGUAUUUUGUUGUUAAAAAUGAGAGAGAAAAAAAAGGGUGUUUGUUGAUUGUAAGCCUUGUAGAUAAAGUUAAUUCUCCCUUUGCUCCUUACGUGGAACUUUUUGGUUCUGAUGUCUGAUGAGAAGAUGUUGUGUCUGCCUUGUCUCAAAAUAGAUUUAUCUGUCUGAAUGUUGCAUCACACACACACACACAGACACACACACACUCCUUUGAGAUACUAAUUUUGCACAGUAUAGAAUAGCAAACACGUCAUGCCGGAUUACUUGUACUGGAGUUCAUUCCAAUGCAAAUUUGUGCCGUCUGUUGCUUCAGAUAUACUUUGUGGUGUCCAGUUUAUUUUUUCAAUAAGAUUUGGGUGCUAUCAUCAACACUUCUCACCUACACACACACACAG